CGCAGCGCGCAUUACCAUUUUACCAAACCCAAACCCCUCCUGACUCCCCACCAUGCCCGGAAGAUCUCUCAAACUCAACGCAGUCGCUGCCUCAAUUCACUGCUCUCCCAAGCCUCACAAUCGCCUCCGUCCCCUCACAUCCGCCGCCGACGCCGCCGACAAGCUUAAGUUCCCGGCGGUGCCGACGACGCGCGCCUGGUGGCGGAGGAGGAUAACUACGAUUCCGCCUCUGUCGCGCGAUCGAAUCUUCCGCGAUCAUUUUGUUCUAGGUUUUCGCAUUCGGAAGUAUCCUUCUCAUCUUGCUACUGCGAGGAGUAUCUCCGCCGCUCACAUGGGCUCCGAUCCCCACAACAAGGAUGGCCAGCGGUUGAAUGCUUCGUCGCCAUCUCCGAUAAAUCCCCGCCAUGAUAAGCCCUCUCAGCGCCCUCACAAGUCUGCUAAAUUGCUCACAUUGCCCACAAUCUUGACCAUUGGCCGUGUAGUUGCUGUUCCGCUUCUCGUAAGCUCCUUCUAUGUGGAUAGCUGGUGGGGACCAGCAGCUACUACUGGUAUCUUCAUUGCCGCAGCUUUUACUGAUUGGCUUGAUGGGUAUAUUGCUCGAAAGCUGAAUUUGGGGACUGCAUUUGGUGCAUUUUUAGAUCCAGUUGCUGAUAAGCUAAUGGUUGCUGCCACCUUGGUCUUAUUGUGUACCAGACCUUUGGAAGCUAGUGUUCUUGGACAGUUUCCAUGGCUACUGGCUGUACCUUCAAUAGCUAUUAUUGGUAGGGAGAUUACAAUGUCUGCAGUUAGGGAAUGGGCAGCUUCUCAGGGCAGCAAACUUUCGGAGGCAGUUGCUGUGAAUAGCUUGGGAAAGUGGAAGACUGCCACACAGAUGACUGCGUUAACCAUCCUCCUUGCCACAAGAGAUAGCAGCCUCGCCGAAUCAGGAACUCUUGCAGGUUCUGGUGUGGUGUUGCUCUAUAUUUCAGCAUGGCUCGCUGUCUGGUCUCUAACUGUGUACAUGAAGAAGAUCUGGAAAGUAUUGUUGCUCUAGGAGUCUCAUACUGCCAUGAUUCGUUACAUUUUAAAGUAGUUUCUAUUAGUGCCAGCUAGCUCGCCUGCUCGGGGAGCUUCCUUGUCUAAUCCACAAUUAAACUAUGGAGAAGUUAUCAACUGAUAUCUUGCACCAUACAUGUCGGAAUUAUCACUGAUCUCUUGCUCCAUACAGUUCGUUCAUAAUCCUAAAGGCCAUUUAGCAUUUUGACGGUGAGGAAGUAGGGACUGAGAAUCACAGAAUGAAGAUGCAUGGAGUUUUGUUUUUUCUUUCUGUAUUCUUUUAGAAUUUACAAACAGAUCUAGUAGGAUCUGUAAGACUGUAACUUGGUAUCUGACCACAAAAACAUUUUAUAUAAAUGAUAGAAAUAUUUAGGAUUCUAUUAGUAUAUAUGUUUGGCAACUGUAAUAAUCCUUGUGUUAUCUUUUAUUAGUAA